GAGUCUUCUUCUCCGUAGUCGAACUACCUCAAUCACUCGGAGACUUGCAUCCGCCUUUAAAAGACCACCUCCCUUCCCUCUAAGGCUCCACCACGAGUACCGGCCCUCUUUUCUCCCUCUUUCUUUCCCUUCUUCCUUCUGCCAGAUUCUUCUUACCAGAAAUCGACGGCGGAGAGCGCCUCCGGAGCCCAGAGGAAGAAGGUCAUAGGAGCAAAAGAUGUUUUAAGUAUAGGGUUUGCGCUAGCAAACUUGUACAACAGAACAGGGGAGGUUAAUAUUAUAUAAGGAGAAAGAUCCCCACACGCAAAGAGAGAGAGAGCGGGGAGAGAGAUAGAGAGAGAGAGUUCUUUUUUGCUAGAGAAGCGGUUGGAUCUUUCGGUACAGCGGCUGGGAAAAAAAAGAUUCGAUCUUUUUCAUGGAUGGUGGAACCUUGGAAUGAUUUCCUACAAGAAGGCUUUGUUCCUGCUUCUUGACGUGGAGGUGGUUUGGAACUCAUCAUUGAACUGAGUGGUUUUAUGCAUUGGGUUUAACGCAUGUGUUCAAAUUCUCUGGGUUUGAUCUAUUACCAAGGUUUUUAUAUUGGUAAAAGUAUUGAGCCUUUGCAAGACUAGAUCGGAUAGCCUUGGUUUGUUUGCUUGGAGAGAUGGAGAAGUUGACGCGUGAUGAAUCCAGACGCUUGUAUUCAUGGUGGUGGGCGAGUCAUAUCAGCCCAAAGAAUUCUAAAUGGCUUCAGGAAAACCUUGCAGAAAUGGACUACAAGAUCAAAGAAAUGAUCAAGCUUGUAGAUGAAGAUGCUGAUACCUUUGCAAAAAGAGCAGAAAUGUUCUAUAAGAAACGCCCUGAGCUUAUGAAAUUGGUGGAGGAAUUCUACCGAAUGUACCGUGCUUUAGCAGAAAGACAUGAUCAUGCCACUAGAGCACUUCACCAGGCUCAUCAAACAAUGGCAGAAGCAUUUCCCAACCAAAUCCCAUUAGUGUUAACUGAUGAGCCUCCAUCUGGAUCUUCUGACAAAGAGGAGGAUCCUUGUACUUUUGAGAUGCCUCCGCCCAUUGAUGAACUGUUUGAUGACUUUCAGAAGGAUGCUUUGAGCGGGUCGUUGCAUUUGAAUGAGAUGCUUGCAGCUGGGGAGGAGACUACCAAUCCAAAUACCACUGAAGAGAGGACAAGACAAGGCUUGGAUGUCCAAGAGGAACAAAGAGAAGGUUCAGAGUAUAAGCUACUGGAAAAUAAAAUUUCGCGAUUGCUGAUGGAAAGCCAGGAGCUCGAGAGCCAAAUUAUUUCAGAGUCAGUCCAUGCUAGCAGAGCCGAAACUGAAGUGCAAAGCCUAAAAGACAUCCUAUCUGAAGUAAAAUCUGAGAAGGAAGCUGCCACUCUUCAAUGCCAGCAAUCCGUGGGAAGGAUCGCUAGCCUGGAGAUGGAAAUCUCCAGCUUCCAAGAAUAUAUAAGAAAGCUUAACAAUGAGGUGUUAAUUGGAGCUAAGAAUCUGAAUGUUGCACAAGAGAAAUGUCUUCUGCUGGAGCAAGCAAAUCAAUCUCUAGAGUUGGAGCUAAAGCAGAUCAUUAAGAAACAUGAAGAUGAAAAUGUUACACAUUUGCAGAACCUGAAACAAAUGGAGGAGCUGUUAGAGAAGAAUGCACUGUUGGAAAACUCUCGUUCAAAUGCAAAUUUUGAGCUAGAGAGAUUAAGAGAGAAGAUAAAGACAUUAGAAGAUUCCUGUGGUUGUUUCUGUGGCAAGAUUUCCAUCCUUCCAUCAGAAAAUGCUGUUCUGGUCUCCCAGGUGGAGCCUACUCCACAGAAUAUGGAGAAGCAUUUGGAGAAAAAUGCAUUGGAGAACUCCCUGUCUGAUGUGAACAUCGAACUUGAAGAUUUGAGAGGAAAGUUGGAAGGCCUUGAGAAACACUGUCAUUCUCUUCAUGAUCAAAAUUCUGAACUUCUUGCUGAAAAGAUUUCUCUUGUCGCUCAGGUAGAGAGCAUUAGCGAGAGUCUGGAAAACUUGGAAAGUAAGUAUGCAGAAUUGGUAAACAAAUACUUAAAUUUAGAGAGCGAGAAAGAUUUGACACUUCAUCAACUCAUGGAGCUAGAGGAGGUAUUGAAACUAGAAAAGGAAGCACAUCAAGCUGCUAUCCAGUCCCGCAAGAGUCAGCUGAAUACUUUAGAAAACGAGAUCUUUUCCCUACAAGAAGAAAAUCAAUAUAGAGAGGAGGAGCUUGAAGUGGAACAAUAUAAACUUUUAAGUGCCCAGAUUCAGAUUUUUAUCUUGGAGAGAUGCCUGUGUGAUAUGAAAGAAACAAAUAUGGUUCUUUCAGCAGUUCAUCAAAAACAUGAAGAGACAUCAAGGGAUGCAGAAGAUUCAAUUUCACAACAUGAGCAGGACAGCCUCAUCCAAGAGAAAAAUGUAAGAUCUUCUUCGGUAAGUUAUGAGAAGCUGAGGGAGGGUGUUCAUCUGAUAUUGAAAACACUAAUAGCCGAAGAGUAUGGGGCUCUAGAUGGUGUCGAAGAUGAAGUGCUUUUGCAGAUUAUUCUGCAUGAAGUUAGAUGUUUGUUGAAGUCACUUUCAGAGGCCAAGGAUGAAAAGCAGCAUCUGCUUAAUGAGAAAUCUGAAAUCCAUGGCCUUCUGGAGCAGUUUCGACAUCAUGUAGCAGAUUUGCAAUCAGAAAAGAAGGUUCUCAAGAAAGAAUCUAAAAUGAAGACUGAGGAACUUUCAGUGCUGCAUGGCAAAAGGCACGAACUCUUUAAGAUGAGUGAAAAGUUGGGGCAGGAUAUACAAGCGAGUAGUCUAAGACAAGAAGAACUCAAGGCUGAAAUGAAGAAUCUUUAUGGACAGCUAUCAGAUUUAUUGGAGGCUCGUUGCUUAUUGCGAAGAGAGAUUGGUAGGCUGCUAAAAGAAAAUUGCUCUUUGUCGAAGACACUUGAUGAUAUGAGGGUGAAACAAAACACAUUGGAAGAGGAAAACAGCAUUAUCUUUGAAGAGGCCAUGGCUCUAGAAUAUCUUUGUCUGAUCUUCAGAAGUUUCGGUGCUGAGAAUGCAUUAAAGCUACAAUUGUUAAAAGAUAUGGACUAUCUUCAUGGAGCUAGAAAUGAGCUAUCCAAGGUGAACAGACUAAUGGUUGUAAAAUCAGGAGCAUUAGAACUUGAAAACACACAUCUUAAGGACUCGGUUGUUAAUCUGGAAGACUGCAGAAGGCAUUUGGCAAUACUUGAGAAUGAUCUUAGGGCAUGCAGAAGUGUCUGUGAACAACUGAACCAACGAAUUGAUUCAGGAAGGGACCUUUUAAUAAAGAAAGACAUGGAGCUGUUACAAGCAAAUCAAAAGAUCCAACAAGCAGAAUAUGUGACAACAGAAUUAUCUCGAAGUAUCGAGGGCCUUAAGUCGCACAUUGAUGAGGGUAAGUUGGCAAGAGAAGAGUUAGAGAAGAAGAUUUCCACAUUGAUAGAAGAUUAUACCCAUAAGAAAAUUGAGCAUGCCUGUCUUCAUCAAGUAAAUGAAAUCUUGAAAGGAGAACUUGAUAAAUUGCAGAAAGAGGUUGGAGAGCUUAGAAGAAGAGAAGAACAUUUGACUUCUAAACUGCAGAGUGGAAGAGAUGAGGUCAAGUGCUGCGAGGAAGAAAUUGCAUCAUUAUUAGCUGAAAUUCAAUCUACCAAGAUCACUGCAGCAAUCUUUGAAGAAAGGUUACUUGAACUAAUAGCAGCAUGUCAUAACCUUGAGAUAAGUGCCAUGGUACAAAGGAAAGUGCUAAAGGAGGAAAUCGCUCUAAGAAAUAUGUAUGUGAAUGAAUUAAAGGAAAAACUGGAGGCUCUGGAAAGAGAAAAUGGAGAACUUAAGACACACUUGAGUGCAUAUGUUACCCUUGUCAUGUCUCUGCGGGGUGAUGUUGCCUUGCUGGAAGAAUACAUCCUUAUGCUGCCCAAUCAUAUUUCAGCAGAAAAGAAAGAAAUACAGGAAGUUCCAUUGGUGCCUCUCCAGGGUAUGAAGAGCAGUCAAGAGCCUAUCAAAGAUGACAAUGGCAUAGAUCUGAUGGGAAUUCAGAAGUUGCAACAAUUGCAUGCCAAGGUUGAAGCACUUCGGAAGGUCGUCAUGGACACUGGAAAUCUUUUAAGGAAAGAAAGGUUUGAUUCAGAUGCUAAUCUGGAGGCUGCAAUGAAAGAAAUUGAAUGCUUAAAAUCAGGGGGAACCUCAGAUGAUCAAAUCACCAAAGUAAAGCAUGAGCAAAACGUGAAGGAUAUACAACUUGAUCUUGUUUCACAUUCCUCACAAUAUGGAAUUGGAAAUAGUGUGGGUUCAUAUGUACAAAGAAAGACAGGAAUUUUUAAAACUAAUGUUGAGGGGUUUGAAUUAAGGGGAACAGCUGAAGGGGACCACAGCAAGCAGAUAGAGAUGACUCCAUUGGGAACUACAGAGCAUUAUUUAGAGUCUCACCAGAUCAAAGCAAUCAAGGAAGAAAAAGGUAAGCAACCUGUUUGCGAACUGCUGGAUGAAAAAGAGUUGGAUGUCGACAAGCUGGAACUGCCAAAAAAAGUUUUAAUGGAAUCUCAUAAAGACUGGAACAGAAGGGUGAUUGAAAGGCUUUCUUCUGAUGCUCAUAGGCUAUUGGUCCUACAAGCAAGUGUACAUGGACUAAAAGCAAAUAUGGAAAAAUCUGAAGAGUUUAAUAUACCUAAAGAUUUUGAAUUUGAUACAGUCAAAGCACAGUUGAGAGAGACUACGGAAAUCAUCUCGCAGUUGAUUGGUACCAACAGCAAGUUGACAAAGGAGGCUGAAGGCUUAACUGUGUCCGCUGACAAUCUGCUUGAGGAAAAUGUAGAAACAUGGAGCACAAGACAAAGGAUAAUCUCAGAACAGGCACGAAGGGUGUCAGAAAGGAUUGGAAGGCUGGAAGUGGAGCUGCAAAAAAUCAAUUACAUCUUGCUGAAACUUGGGGAAGGACAUGUAAGUAAGAGAACACCAAAAAUCUCUUUGCGAGAAUAUCUUUAUGGAAGGAGAAACAGCCGUCAACAUAAGCAAGCCCCUACUUGUGUUUUCCUCAGGUUUAAAGCAAAAAAAUGACUAGUUCUCAUUCCUCCUGCUUCAGUCACUUGACUUUGCAUCUUUGAGAGAAGAGAAGGAAAGGUUUAUGCAAGCAUAGUAUUCAAAGUUACAUGAAUUCAGUAAAGUUAUUUCUGUGUCGCUGUCUCAAUUUGUAAAAGAAGUCUUCAAUUUGAUACUUCAAAAAUUAGCUGAUUUAGCAAGGAAAAUUAGUCCUGAUCCAUAUGGCAAACUUGGGUGAAUUUUCUCUGCACUUACACAUUCAUGAACUAGAUGCUUAUU